AGCUCAUCGCCCAAGCUACAAGCUAGUCUGGAGAGCGCAGCCGCAGCCAGCUGACGCAGCAACAGUCGGCGGUCAGUGGGACCUGGGUGUGAGUCUAAUAAGCCUUCAGUGAUUAUUAUUAUCAUUUAUAAUGAAGAAAUUAAGAAGACCCACAUCCUGACGUCAACAUUUUGGUCAAUGACUGACUGUCGCGGUGACGGUUCCUGACAUGGACGCUAGUGACAAUAAGGAUGUGAAACUUUCAGCCGAAGUGGAACCGUUCAUCCCACAGAAGAAAGGUCUCGAAGGAUCCCUAGUCAGUAUGAGUCUUUCUGGAGAGGCAGGCGGAGGAGGAGGGGGGGGAGGCAUAGGAGGGGGCGGUGGAGGGGUGGAAACCACUCCCAUACCCAGCUACCUCAUCACCUGCUACCCUUUCGUCCAGGAGAACCAACCCAACAGGCAACAUCCUAUGUAUAAUGGAGGGGAGCUGCGCUGGCAGCAGCCUAACCCCAGCCCUGGUGGUUCAUACCUGGCCUACCCCAUCUUGUCUACGCCCCAGCCUCCUGUCUCCAACGACUACGCUUACUACCAGAUUAUGCCCACUCCAUGCCCACCUGUGAUGGGCUUCUACCAGCCCUUCCCUGGCACCUAUGCAGGUCCUGUGCAAGCUGGAGUGGUCAACCCUGUCUCAGCAGAUGUCAGUGAAAGACCACUGCCUCUGGGGCCAGCAUAUGGGAUGGCUAGUCAAAGGGGGAGAGGCAUGGUCCGACCUAAUGUUCUCUCAAAGCAACAGUUAGGUGUGUGCCAGCCUCCGAGGGGUCGCCGGCCUCCAACCAGAAGUGUAGCUGUGCAGAAAGAGGUUUGCACCUUGGGGCCUGAUGGUAGGACCAAGACAGUCAUGCUGGUGGAUGCAGCACAGCAGACCGAUUUCCCAGGUGAGGUGUCAGGGCGGUGUGCUGCUGAGCGGGCUAGUCCCCUGCUGUGGAAGAACCGGACAAAGAGAAGACGGGCGUCCCAUCCAGCUGAAGGCUACAACGAGCAGGGUGCCAGUGAGGCAGAUAUAGACAGCGACAGUGGCUACUGUAGCCCCAAACACAACCAGGCGGCAGGGGUAGCAGCAAAUACAGCAGCACCCACAGGAGUAGAGGCUGGUGUAAUGACAGCAAGUACCUGGGUAAAUGUAGCCUCUCAGGCUACCCAGAAGUCCUGGGGAGACAGGAACAGCCAGUUCCACAGAGCAGACCAGAGGAAGAAUCCUGAACAGAGGAACUUCUCACAGAGCCUGCAUGUGUAUACUGGUGUUGUGGAUGGAACAAAAAAUGCACUGAGACAACAAAUAAGGAGUAUUUUAGCAUCAACUGAAGACAGGGGUAUCAACAGAAUGAAUAGCCAGAAAUCGAGCCUCAUCAGACCAGGCAACAUUUUUACAGUCUUCAACUGUCCAAUUUUGGAUUUCCACAGUGGCUAUCCAGGGCGUGUGCCGCCGAACCAAUCGGAGCAGAGGCUGCAGCCAGCAGGGGUCACUAGUACUGAGCUCACCCCAGAGCCCCUCUACUUUGAGGAUGAAGACGAGUUCCCAGAUCUCACUACUGGAGGGGCUGUCCAACGCAGCACCAAACCAGAAUCUACUUCAGCCCAGACACACGCGCAACCUAAACUGCCCAAAAACCUGCUGGAUAACCUGCCAGAAAACUCCCCUAUCAACAUUGUGCAGACACCCAUCCCCAUUACCACCUCGGUUCCCAAGAGGGCCAAGAGCCAGAGGAAGAAGGCUCUGGCUGCUGCCUUGGCCACUGCACAGGAGUACUCGGAGAUCAGCAUGGAGCAGAAGAAAUUACAGGAGGCAUUCACCAAAGCAGCAGGGAAGAAGAGUAAAACCUCUGUCGAGUUGGACCUGGGAGACAUGCUGGCAGCUUUGGAGAAACACCAGCAGGCUAUGAAGGCCAGACAACUCACCAAUACCAAGCCACUGUCUUUUACAGUUGGAACAACUACUCCAUUCCAUGGUUCAGGCUUGACCAGCAUGCCAUCCAUGAUGAAGGGUCAUCAGCAGCCAUACUCGGCCCCACACAAUGCCCUGGAUUCCACCGCCCCCCGUAUCAAGAGAGGGAAGGAGAGGGAGAUCCCUAAAGUAAAACGGCCGACAGCCCUUAAGAAGAUUAUCUUGAAGGAACGUGAAGGGAAGAAAGGGAAGACGAGUGUAGAACAAGAGUCUUCAGGCCAGGAGGAGCAUGGGGAUGAGUCUCUACAUUUCACUGAUGAUCUUGCACGAGAGCCUGCCUCCCAAGAAAGUGAGGACAAUGGUCUGAGUAUGCCCAGUGAUGCAUCCCUUUCCCCGGCCAGUCAGAACUCUCCAUAUAGCAUCACCCCAGUGUCCCAGGGUUCUCCUGCCAGCUCUGGCAUCGGGAGUCCUAUGGCCUCAAAUGCCAUCACCAAGAUCCACAGCCGACGUUUCAGAGAGUACUGUAACCAAGUGCUGAGUAAGGAGAUAGAUGAGAGCGUGACGAUGCUGUUACAGGAACUGGUUCGCUUCCAGGAGCGGGUCUACCAGAAGGAUCCUACCAAGGCCAAAUCCAAACGCCGCCUGGUCAUGGGUCUCAGAGAGGUCACCAAGCACAUGAAGUUGCAUAAGAUUAAGUGUGUCAUCAUCUCUCCCAACUGUGAAAAGAUCCAGGCGAAAGGUGGAUUGGAUGAAGCUCUAUACAAUGUAAUUGCCAUGGCUAGGGAUCAGGAGAUCCCGUUUGUGUUUGCCUUGGGCAGAAAAGCUCUUGGACGCUGCGUCAACAAACUAGUGCCUGUUAGCGUGGUUGGCAUUUUCAACUAUUCUGGAGCUGAGGGUCUCUUCAACCGUUUGGUGUCUCUGACAGAAGAGGCUAGGAAGGCCUACAAGGACAUGGUGUCAGCUCUGGAGCAGGAGCAGGCCGAGGAGGCUCUGAAAAAUGACAAGAAAGUCCCACACCACAUGGGGCAUUCCCGCAACCACUCUGCUGCUUCUGCUAUUUCCUUUUGCUCCAUCUUCUCUGAGCCUAUCUCAGAGGUCAAUGAAAAGGAAUACGAGACCAACUGGAGGAGUAUGGUGGAGACUUCAGAUGCCCUGGAGCCUGUAGAGGCUGAGCCGAGUCGCCCUGCACCUGCCACAGCCGCCCAGAAAGACGGUGAGACCCUGGCGGCCAACGCCGCGCCGCCCGGCUCCACUGCUGCCCAGCCCAGGGCAGUGCCUCCGACACUGACGCAGGGUACCAGUGAGAGAGACGAGGUCCGGGUUGACGACAGGCUGGAGCUGGCCUCUCAGCAGAGCACAGAGACGGGCUCGUUGGAUGGGAGCUGCAGGGGCCCGCUGAACUCCUCCAUCACCUCCACCACUUCCACCCUGGUGCCCGGCAUGUUGGAAGAGGCAGAAGAGGAGGAGGAGGAGGAGGAGGACUACACCCCUGAGCCCAUUUCUGUGGAGGUCCCCACCCUCAGCAGCCGCAUCGAAUCCUGGGUGUCAAAGACCCUGGAAAACCUGCAGCUGGGGAAGAGCCAGGAAAGUACGGAGGAGGAAGAGGAGGAGGAGGAAGACGAUGAAGAGGAGAGAGGGCAGAGUGAAGAGGAGGAGGACCUCGAUUCCGCGGACAUCACCGAGACGAGGACGGAGGGUAAUGAGCAAGAGGAGGCAAAGAAGGUCACUGGUUGAUGUCACCUCUCCUCCUCAUCCCUCCGUUCUUUCAUCCACUCAUUCCCUCUGUCCUCUGUUGCUCUCACAUCCCUCUUCACAGCAACCAGCAGCUCUUCGUCUUCGUCUCUAACCCCUGACACCAGACAUAAUCUCAGGUAUCCAACCAACUGACCAACACUCACACGCAUUACAGAGAAACUGACCAACUUACCAACACACAGCGUCGCAGACCCAACCCCAACUAACACGGUCGACCCCUGUCCAGACCGGACGUUAGCGUACGUCUUGCGUCUUCCGAUCACAAGUGGACAGCUCUAAGUACAGGUGUAAACGCACCCAAGAUGCAUUGAGGUAUGAGUAUUUCUCAUGUCAAAGAACCACGGAGAAAUCACGGUAAAUGUUGUGUCUUGGCUGUCAGGGUUAGGGUUAGAUUAUCCCGCUGUCUGUGAUGUGUCGGCGUUUUUGCUCUGCACAGAUCAAAGAGCUCUUUGUCGCGGCUUUCUGACGCUCGGUGCCUCAAUGCCACCUUUUUGCCAGGUAACGACUGCGGUGUUGGCUACUGGUAUAAAAUAACCUUAUGUUUUUAGGUUAAAGGUCCCAUGACUUGGUACUCUUUGGAUGCUUUUAUAUAGGCCUUAGUGGUCCCCUAAUACUGUAUCUGAAGUCUCUUUCCCGAAAUUCAGCCUUGGUGCAGAAUUACAGCCACU